AUGCCUCGGGGACAAAAGACUAAGCUCUAUGCCCACGAGAAACGUCACCAGGCCCAAGGUGAAACCAACAGUGUCAAGGGUAUUCAGGCCACUGCAGCAAAGGAGGAAGGGUCCCCCUCCUCUUCCUAUCCUCCUUUUGGGGGGCCUCGCCAAAGCUCCCCUGCUGCUCACACUCCCCAGGGGUCUCAGAGAGCCCCAUCCACCACCACUGCUGCUGCAGGUGCUUCAGGCAGAAGAGCUCCUAGAGGGGCCAAUGGCCAAGGUGAGGGACAUCCAAGUUCCUCUUCUGGCCGAGCCCUCAGUGAGAGGUCAUGUACAGACCCUCUAACCAGGAGGGUGAUCACCUUGUUGCAGUUCCUGCUGUCCAAGUAUGAAGUGCAAGAGCACAUUACCAAGGGAAAAAUGUUGAAAAUCAUCAACAAAAGGUACAAGGAGCACUUCCCUGAGAUCCUGAGGAGAGCCUCUGAGUACAUAGAACUGGUCUUUGGCCUUGACGAUUCCAAAGGUCAAUCCUAUUCCCUUGUCAGCAAAUUGGAGAUCACCGAGGAAGAGAAUCUGAGUGGUGGCAGGGGAUUUCCCAAGAAGGGGCUCCUGAUGCUUCUGGGCAUGAUCUCCAUGAAUGGCAACCGGGCCACCGAAGAGGAGAUGUGA